CCAGACAGAAAACCAGCAGCAAGCAGAAUAUCGUUUGAUCAAGACAAGAUGGAUGCACCUGGUCGACCAGAGCUGGUUGAUUUCCAUGGAAUCUCAAUGACCAAAAUUUUCACUGACAACUGGGAGAACAUUCAAAACUUUCAGGCCAGGCCAGAUGAUAUUCUUAUUGCGACAUAUGCCAAAGCAGGGACCACAUGGGUCUCCCAAAUCCUUGACCUGUUGUAUUUUGGUCAGAUGGAGCGUCACAAAACCCUCCCUAUCUAUGAGAGAGUGCCUUUCUUGGAUGUUUACAUCCCGCCUCACAUGUCAGGAACAGAGCAAGCAAACAAUCUUCCCACCUCCCCUCGACUGAUUAAAACUCAUUUGCCAUACCAGUUAGUACCAAAGUCCUUCUGGGAGCAAAACUGCCGGAUUGUCUACGUAGCACGCAAUGCAAAAGACAACAUGGUGUCUUAUUACCACUUCAAUCGCAUGAACCUGGUUCAGCCAGCAGCUGGAGACUGGAACAGCUUUUUCAAGCAAUUCAUGGAAGGAAAAAUGGUGUUUGGACCCUGGUACGACCACGUGAAUGGCUGGUGGAAGAAGAAGCAGACUUAUCCAAAAAUUCAUUACAUGUUCUAUGAAGAUAUGAUUGAGGACACUGGACGGGAAAUAGACAAACUCUGCUCCUUUCUUGGUUUGUCUCCUUCAGCUGAAGAGAAGAGAAUGAUAGUUGGUGGAACGCAGUUUGAUAACAUGAAAAAGAAUGAGAUGGCCAACUAUUCCACAAUCCCACUGAUGGAUUUCAAAAUUUCUCCCUUCAUGAGAAAAGGGAAGGUUGGUGACUGGAAGAACCACUUCACUGUGGCUCAGAAUGAAGAGUUUGAUGAAGACUAUAAGCAAAAGAUGAAGGAUCCCACACUUCAGUUCCGUACUACAAUCUGAGCAGGACCAGACACACUGUGUGUAUGUAAAGACGGGUCCAUGACGGACCAGAUGUGGUACUGCUGGACAGUAGUAGAGGUGUUCAGGGAUUUUAUAUUUUUUGUGAUUUUAUAUAAAUUCAAACUAGAAAUUUUAUAUUAUGAAGCACCAAAAAAUCAAAAUGAAUGUCUUUCAAAACAGAGAAUAUAUGUGCAAUAAACUGAAUGCACAAUUAUGCAAUAAGCCAAAAAAGCUGUAUGACCGUAAA